AUGACGACCCAAGUACAAGCUCUGUAUGACUUCUCAGGGGAGCCCAACACCACAGAAAUGUCAAUAACAUGUGGAGAAAUAUUGACAUUAAUUAAUACUGAAAUUGGUGAAGGUUGGUGGGAAGGAAGAAAUUCUAAAGGCGAGACUGGAUUAUUUCCUGCUGCUUAUGUACGUAAACUAGCACCUGAGGAAUCAGUUCAGACUAAAGCAGCACCAGCAGCUCCCAGGUACGACCAAGCAAAUGAUGAUUGGGGUGAUCAACAAUUUAGUGCUGGUGACAGCAACUUUCAAAGAGGCACCUCCCAUGAAGAGGGCUGGGACGAUGACUGGGAUGAUGAUACUUACUCUGAAAUAGGACCAGUCCAGCAACAAAACAAAACUCAGUACAACCAGCAACUGGCUCCCCUGCCGGGCAUGCCCAUUAGUGACUAUAACCACCAAAAUGAAGAUACUGCUUCUAACUAUGGAUCAUCUGUGGGAACAGUGAGAAAAAGUAAAUUUGCACCUUCAUCAAAGGUUAGUGGUGAGAGUUACUUACUUGCCACAUUAAAUGUAGAGGUACCAGACUCUGAAAAAGUUUACAUAGUUCAAGAAGAAGAUAGAUAUGAGUGGUGGCCAAUAACACAACCAUACACCGUCACUGUGGCCUCUCCGAAGAAAGAAUCCAAGUUCAAGGGCAUCAAAAGUUUUAUUGCUUAUCAAUUGACACCAUCAUUCAAUAACAUUCAAGUCUCUAGAAGAUACAAACACUUUGAUUGGCUACAUGAAAGAUUACAAGAAAAGUUUACACUUAUACCAAUUCCACCAUUGCCAGAUAAGCAAAUCUCUGGCAGAUAUGACGAACAACUAAUAGAACGUAGAAGAGUACAACUUCAGGAAUUUGUAGACUGGAUGUGCAGACAUCCAGUGCUAUCCAAAUGUGAAGUAUGGCAACAUUUUCUCACUUGCACUGAUGAGAAGAGAUGGAAAGCUGGUAAACGGCAAGCUGAAAGAGAUGCCUUAUUAGGUCUAAAUUAUUGCAUAUCAAUAGUAGUACCUGAAAAAGCUUUAUUGCAAUCCCAAGUGGACCAUAUUGCUGAGCAAUGCCAUAUGUUCAUCAACAGCAUGGACACUUCAGUCAAGUCAGUCGCUAACAUGUGUAUGGCCCACACUAAGAAACUUCAAACCUCCUACAAAGCAGAUUGCCAAAAAGUUGGUGAAGCUUUUUGUAGCAUGGCAGCCUCACUAAGUUUAGAUGAAGGAUCACUAGCCUCCACCUCGAAACUAACUACUGCAAUCAAAAUGACUGGUAGUGCAUACAUUGACAUAGGCAGAAUGUAUGAUGACCAACCAAAAUAUGAUUGGGAACCAUUAGGUGACAAAUUUCAUCUAUACAAAGGAGUUGUGGGAGGAUUCCCUGAUGUUCUAACUACACACAAGAGUGCAAUGCAGAAAAAACGUGAGUGCGAGAGACUGACAGCUGAGAACAAGAUGGAAAUAGCACAACUUAAUGAAGUAAUACGAAGAACCGAUGUUGUAUCUUACUCACUUCUUGCCGAAAUUAACCACUUCAAGGCCGAGAGAACAAAAGACCUGAAUGCAACAAUGCAGAAAUUCUUAAGGCAGCAAAUUACUUUCUACAAAAGAGUGGUUGAGAAGCUAGAAACUACUCUAAAAUAUUAUGACGAAUAA